AGUCAUAAUUUCCAACCUCCAAUCUCACAUCCUCUCUCCUAAUCAAAUUAAAUCAUGGAACGCAGCGGCGAAACAGCCAUUAACAUCCCGGAAUCCAACUCGGCCAAGCACAAGAGCGUCCCCUUGGCCAGUGCCACCACUAAGGCGGUUCCACUUCCACAGCCGGCAUGGAAGCGAGGAGUUUCCAUCUUCGACUUCAUCUUGAGGGUGUGCGCCCUCGUGGCCGCCCUAGCUGCCACUGCCACCAUGGGCACCACUGACCAGACUCUUCCCUUCUUCACUCAGUUCUUCCAGUUCCAAGCCAGCUACGACGACCUCCCCACUUUCACAUUCUUCGUGGUGGCGAAUGCUAUAGCAAGUGGCUACUUGCUCCUAUCCAUGCCUUUCUCCAUUGUCGCCAUUGUUCGCCCCCACGCAGCUGGAGUCAAGCUUCUCCUCCUCAUCCUUGAUACCGUGGUGAUGGCAUUCACAACGGCCGCAGCAGCAGCAGCCACGGCCAUUGUGUACCUGGCCCACAACGGGAACUCCAACACCAACUGGUUCGCCAUCUGCCAGCAGUUCAACGACUUCUGCCAGCGCGUAAGUGGCGCCGUCGUAGGUUCCUUCAUAGCUGCUGUCAUACUCAUCUGCUUGGUUGUGCUCUCUGCCGUCGCUCUUCGCAGGCACUGACAUCAACAUGUUUCUCUUUGCUUUUGCAAAAUCACUCCCUGUGUUCAUAUCACUGCUGUUUUAAAAUAUUGUAUGCUUUCAUUUGUGAUUAUAAGGACUCUUGUAAUUUGGUUUUUCUUAA